AUGGUUUUUCAUUAUUUCACUUCGAUUCUUGUUCUUAUGCUCAUCUCUUGUUAUUCUGGAUCCCUGAAAGCCUCUGAGAUCGUAGCUGUAUCACAUCACACAUACAGCCAUGCCAUUCAAUUAGUCCAAAUUGGUCAGGAAUUAGUUGAACGAGGGCAUCAAUUCACUCUAGUAGUUGGCUCUAAUGUCGAUUUCCGACAUGAUCAUGCUUCAACUAUCCGGAUUCGCCGUUAUCGCACUAUUCUCAAUGAUUCGUUUGUUACAGAUUGCAUUCAACAAUUUGUCAAGGGCAAACAAAAUCUAUCAUCUUUCUGCAUAACGAUGCUGAAUGAUGACUGUGAGUGUUUACUUAAAGACCGUCAGCUGUUAAAAGAAAUAUCAAAUGGAACAGAUAUCCUAAUAACGGAUGUCACAUUCCGUUGUUCUGUAAUUAUCGAAGACAUGCUGAAAAAUAUCCCUUACCAUGUUGGAUUCUCAGCAAGUGGAUUUCAAGACCCAAUAGUAUCAUCAUUAUAUAGGAUACCCACUCCGCCAUCAUAUAUCCCAAUGAUGAUACUCGAUUUUAGUACCGAAAUGACUUUUAUCCAACGUCUACAAAAUUUUUUUACAUAUAUUAGUGCUGAUUUAUUAUUUGAUCAAAUUAUGGAUGAGGGUAAUCAAGAUUUAUGGAUGAAGUAUACAAAAAUACCUAGUUUAGAUCGCAAUUAUCAUAUCCCACUUGCAAAUAUAUUAAUUAUGACCACAAGUUUCGCUAUUGAAUAUGCACGACCAAUUACACCAUCUGUCAAAGUUGUUGGACCCAUUAUACCGAGGCAGACGUCUAAUAACCUCACAGUUGAUUUAUAUAAUUUUAUCUAUUCGACUUCAUCACCUGAAUUUAUAGUAAUCAGCUUUGGGUCUCAUGUCCCUAAUUUCCAACUUGAUAUUGACUAUGAGCUAUUAGUGUUAAAGCUUUCUAAACUACCCUAUCGUAUUAUAUGGAAAUAUUCAGGCCAGCCUUUAAAAAAUCAGCCAGAAAAUGUUAAGAUAAUGUCAUGGAUACCGCAAAAUGAUCUGUUAUCGAAUCCAAAUUGUAAAUUAUUCGUUACUAAUGCCGGUAUGAGCAGUAUUCUGGAAGCAAGUUAUUAUGGAGUUCCUAUGUUAGCGAUUCCUUUAUUCGGAGAUCAAGCUGGCAAUGCUCAAAGAGUUCAAGUUGCCGGUAUUGGUAAAGUGCUAUCACUAUCCGAAGGUACUGUUAAUGAGCUAUUGCCUUCGAUUACGAAUGUUAUUCAUGAUCCAAUAAUUAAAGAGAACAGUAAGAGAAUUGCCAGUCUUAUGCAGUAUAAAACUGAAAAGACUAUUUCUGGUAUUAAAGAAGCUGCUAAUUGGAUAGAAUAUGCUCAACUCCACGAUAACGCAAAACACUUACGAGUUCAAGCUUUUGAUAUGCCUUGGUAUCAGAGAGACUCAAUCGAUAUCUGGUUUUCGUUAGUAGCUAUUAUUAUUAUAUUUUACAUUUAUUUCUUUUACUUUGAGUAA